AUGAGCGUCGAGACGCACCGAGCCGAGCUCGUGGACCAGUCGCUGCCCAUGCCGCGAAGGUUCCGCGCGCUCUUCACCCUGCGCAGCAUCGGCGGCGACGACGCCGUCGCCGCGCUGCUGGGCGCCAUGACGGACGAUCCCUCGGCGCUGUUCCGCCACGAGGUCGCCUUCGCGCUGGGGCAGAUGCAGGCGCCCGGGGCGGUGGACGUCCUCAAGCGGGUGCUGAGGGACGUGACGGACGACGAGAUGGUCAGGCACGAGUGCGCCGAGGCGUUGGGAGCCAUCGCCACGGAGGAGUGCGUGGACGCGCUGAGGGACGCCUGCGUCGACGGCUGCCGGGUCGUGCGCGAGACGGCGACGCUCGCGCUGCGGCGGCUCGAGCACGCGCGCGCGAAACGCGGGGAGGCGAAGGACGCCGUCGAAGCACCCGCGAGUAAGACCCUCGGAUCCGCCAAGGAGAGGCUCUCCGCGCCCGCCGCCGCCGCGCCCGCGCCCGCGAACGGUGCGCCGCGCGACGGCGUCGACGCCGAUUCCCCGUACCUCUCCGUCGAUCCGGUCCCGGCGGCGCCCGCGUCCGUUCCAUCCGACGCCCUCACCGCCGUCCUCCUAGACGAAUCCGCGGACAUGUGGGACAGGUACGGCGCCAUGUUCGCGCUGCGCAACAGGGGCGACGGACCGGGCGUGGCGCGGACGCUGGGCGAGGUGCUCGGGUCGUCCCAAUCGGCGCUGCUGAAGCACGAGGCGUGUUACGUCCUCGGGCAGCUCCAGGAGGCGGACGCCACCGCGAGGGCGUCGCUCGUGAGGACGCUCGAGGACGUUCGCGAGCACCCGAUGGUGCGACACGAGGCGGCGGAGGCGAUCGGGUCCAUCGCCGCGCCGGACACGGAAAAUCUGCUGAGAAAGUACGCGGGGGACGGGGACAGGAUAGUCGCCGAGUCGUGCGAGGUGGCCCUCGACAUAAUGGCCUCCGAAAUGUCGGGGGAGUUCGUGCCGCUCGCGGCGUGCGGGGAGGUGGCCGCGUGA